GACGAAUGUCUCUCCUCUCUUCUUUUGGGGGUUGAAGACAGAAGAGAAAAUCGGGAGAGACCAGACCAUGGCGGCGGAAGAAGAAAACGAGUUCUACCUGCGGUACUAUGUCGGGCACAAGGGGAAAUUUGGACACGAGUUCCUGGAGUUCGAGUUUAGACCGGACGGUAAGCUCCGAUACGCCAAUAACUCAAACUACAAGAACGAUACGAUGAUCCGGAAGGAGGUGUUUCUCACCCCCGCCGUUCUCAAGGAAUGCAAGCGUAUCGUCUCCGAGAGCGAGAUAAUGAAAGAAGAUGAUUUUAAGUGGCCGGAACCUGACCGUGUUGGAAGGCAAGAGCUUGAGAUCGUUAUGGGAAAUGAGCAUAUCUCCUUCGCUACUUCUAAGAUUGGUUCUCUCGUUGAUGUCCAGAGCAGUGAUGAUCCUGAAGGUCUUCGCAUCUUUUACUAUCUUGUUCAGGACUUGAAAUGUCUUGUUUUUUCGCUCAUCUCUCUGCACUUCAAGAUCAAGCCUAUUUAGAGAAGAAACCAAUUGAGUUACCGGGAGGGAGCAUGUGCCUCAAGUUUGGUUGCUAUUUGCGUUGUCUUGUGUUGUUGUUACCUUGAAAACCCUGAGUUUCAUUCGUAUGCUGUUUUAUUUCUUCUUCUUUUUGUUGCAAUGAAUCUUAAAUGAGCGUUGGUAUUGGAAAUGGUGGACACAACGGUUUGGUACUUGCAAGCAUGCUGUUAUUUUCGAUA